GAGUUAACUUGGAGAAGAAAACAAGAUGGCUGCCAUGAGUGGAUCUAGUAAAAAUGAUGCAUUGUAUAUUUCGCUAUUAGGUUUAGCAGAGAAUUUCAGAGUGUCAAAUCCACCUAAUAUAAGACUCUGUAUCCACUGUCUUCAAUCGAUAUUUAGCAUAAACCCACCUCCUCUCAGCGUAUCGCGAACACAUCUUCAAUUAGGGAACAUUUUACUAGCGCAUACAAAAAACAAAGAGCUGGCCACUCGACAUCUGGAGCAAGCAUGGACCAUUUCUAUUGCUUUGCCACCAUCGGAAGAGGCAGAUCUGGUGAAAUUUGAAUCGGCCAGUGAACUGGCCACCGUGUAUGAAAAAGAUUAUCGCUAUGAAGAGGCCAAACCAGUCUUACAGAAGGCUGUGGAGGUGUCCCACCAGUCAGCUUACUGGCACUGCCGACUCAUCUUCCAGCUCGCUCAAAUCUACGCCAUUCAGAGAGAUUAUGCCUCUGCUUGUCACUACCUCCAGAUGGGUGCAGACUUCACGGGCUCUGCACAGUCCGAGUACACCAGACUUCUCUUUAUAUUGAGUAAGGGUAUGUUACUACUGAUUGACAAGAAAACCACGGAAGUUCACGACACCCUGAGUGCCGCGGGUCAGUUUAUUGAGGUUUACAGUGGAACGCCCCUACAGAAGGAAUCCCUUAAAGUGUUCUUCUUUGUCCUACAAGUAUGCCACUAUCUCAUGGCGGGACAGGUCAAAACUGUUAAACCAGUUCUGAAAAACCUCCAGCAAAUCAUACAAACCAUCACCCAGCUUCACACUGACGAAGAACCAGUGCCAACAAAUGAACUGGAUCUGUUUCAAUGGCUGCCAAUUGAACAUAUGUGCAUUUUGGUGUAUUUGGUUACAGUCAUGCAUUCAAUGCAAGCAGGGCACAUGGACAAAGCUCAAAAGUACACGGACAAAGCUCUGAUGCAAAUAGAAAAGUUAAAAAUGUUGGAUUCUCAUCCUCUUCUGUCAGCAUUCCAGUUAAUGUUGCUGGAACACAUUAUCAUGUGUCGUCUUAUCAUGGGCAACAAAACAUUGGCCAUCCAGGAGAUUUUUCAAGCUUGUUCAGUUUGUCAACAACAACCACGUCUUUUCACCACUCAUGGAGCACAAAUUCACACACUAUUGGGGCUAUAUGCAAUGUCAAUGAAUUGUAUGGAGGCAGCAGAGUUACAGUUCCUAACUGCAAUAAAGAGCUCACAGGGUACAGAGCUGGAGAUGUUCGUUAAUUUGAAUUUGGCUAUUGUAUAUCUACGUACAAACCGCAUCCCAGAAUUCACAAACAUAUUGGAGAAAGUCGAUCCAGAGAAAUGUCAAUCAUGCCCACACAGUUUACAAGCAUCCGCUUUUUAUGUACGAGGCUUGCAGACAUUUUUCCAGGCUCGCUACAAUGAAGCCAAACGAUACCUGAGAGAAACUCUGAAAAUGGCGAACUCUGAAGACUUGAAUCGCCUUACCUCAUGCUCGCUAGUUCUCCUGGGUCACAUAUUCUUAUCCCUCGGAAAUAAUACUGAAGCAUUAAACAUGGUUACUCCAGCAAUGCAGUUAGCAGGAAAAAUUUCUGAUGUCCAUGUUCAGCUGUGGGCCUCUUCACUCCUUAAAGAUCUGUAUAGACUGUGUGGUGAUACAGCCAAUGAACAGGAAGGUUACAAAAUGCACAACACGUUUACCCAGUCACUACUGAAGGACCUCCUACAGUCCUCCCAGCUCCCUGAGCAUGGACUCAUACACUGGACAGACGGACCGUGUCCAUUUCAUCUGAAUACAACACAAGCUACAAACAGCGUGAUAUGAGCGCUGCUGUUGUCCAGCCAGGCAUGAAAUAUACUGCAGCUAAAAGGAAUUUCACUUUUCAUUGAUUAGUUGAAAUGACAGAUGCCAUCACUGCUAAAAACAUGAAAAACAAGAAUGUAAAGAGUCAUUCUAGUAAUUUUUAUUUUAGUUCUUUGUUUUCAAAGCAAUAUAAGCUGGGACUUUCCUCUCCAUAAAAAUUUCUGUGAAAACUAGUUGGAGCACUAGUAAAGAUAAAAUAAAUAAAGAUGCAACACACCUGGUUAUAUAGGUACAGGAGAGAAAUACAUGUACUGUGUAUUUGUGUGAUUUGGAGUGUGAUGGAAUUUUGUUGGCCUGUUCAAUGAUUGAGUUUACCUCCCCCCAUAUGCAUUUGAUUUGACCUCGCAUAUCUGAAUUAAGGUAUGCACUAAUGUUUUAAGAAAAUAUGUUUAUAAAUUGCAGUUUUCAUCAAUUAUCCCACAAAAUGUUCUUACAAUGGUAUCCGGAGUUCGUUAGUUGACCCAGAUUGAUCAGCAAAUUUUAAGUUACUGUUUGAGUAUCCUCAGAUACAACACAUAAUGCACACAAUUUUUCAUCUUUUUCUUUCUUUUUUUUUUUUUAAUGAAAUUUAAAGGUAAGAGGUGAGGCCAAUUAUGCAAAAAUUACCCUCAUUUUCUUCUUUUUUUUUAUCCCUAUAGAUAUUUCUUAUAUUUGACUUGUUCAUGAUACAAUGUAUUUAAGUAUGUAUCAGUGCAUUUAUCAAGAUAUAUGAUACUUUUUAACAGCCUUUUCCACAGGACGAUUACCAAGAACAAAAUCUGUGUAAAUAUUUACACAUCAAACAAUUAUUCCGGGUGGAUUUUGUAUAUAUAUAUAUAUAUAUAUAUAUAUAUAUAUAUAUCUAAUGAGGAUAUGAAUGUCGCCAAGAAUAUUGGUUUAAUUAUGAUGUACAGUUUAUUGUCAAGAUGUUGUGAAAAAGCUGCAAUUUUACACAAGUACCAUAUUUAUUUUAAUGCUUGGGUCGAUUUGUCACUGGUCACUAUUUAUGAAUAAAUGAAUUCGUCAGUGGA